GUGAUAAAAAUGUUGGUUAUUGUUGUCGGACUUUUCGUGCUAUGUUGGCUACCAUUGCAAACAUAUAAUGUGCUUCAAGACAUAUUUCCAUCAAUCAAUCAGUUUCGUUACAUCAACAUCGUAUUCUUCUGUUGCGACUGGUUAGCAAUGAGCAACAGCUGUUACAACCCUUUUAUCUAUGGAAUAUAUAACGAGAAAUUCAAACGCGAGUUCCGCCUCAAACUGCGGCACUUCCGGCGUGGACGUUUCGGAAAGUCGAACGCGAACCACGGCCGGUCCGCUUCGGUGCGAUCGACCACGGUGUCGGAAUGGAAGAGAGGGUACUCUACGCGCACCCACCGGACGAACGUGAACGGCGCAACGGCCACGGACAACUCGCCCAGGCGGGACGAGCUAGACAUGUACGUGUACAAGUCGGGCAAGAUCACGUUGGUCAAGUGCGGCAGCCAUUCGGAUCUGGAGGAGCUGUGCCUUUAGACCCCUGGACGCGGUGGUGCGGUGCGAGGAGGAAUGGAGUAACACGUCACGUCGUCCAAUCGACAUCCGGUCGCCCCGUCAUCGCUACGCCGUACUACCAACUACCUACCCGCGUAACGAGCCCCGGCGACGUCCGUCCGUUGUACAUAUUAAUUAUUACAAUAAAUGAAUAACAACAAUAA